GAUUGGUUGUUUGAACUUUUUACGUUUUCUAAAUGAAACGCGCCAUUUCGUAGGAACUAAAACGCAACAAUAACAGAAAAAUAAGUGUUUAUUUCUUUGUUUUUAAAAAUGAGUGUGCGUCCAGCUUCAAGGGAAGCAUUAGGGUUUUUGUUCUUUACUAAGUCACAAAGCAGCGCAUCCAGCCUUUCAUAUAGGCAUGCCAUGUUAUAUAAAUGCAACUUAAAUAUAGCACCGAUAUUAGUUAUUGCACCGAUGAUAUAAUCAGUGUUGCAUAUUCAUUGCAAUAUACAAACAGACAUGUGUAACAUAUUUGGACAUUUUUUGCUGCUGUUUUCGUGUCCCAUGUGCUUCGUGUUAAUGGUCUCAUUAUGUUCAGGUGUGUCUAGUUAAUUUAGUAAUUUAGUAAAAUGCGUGUUCCGGUUUGCUUCCGUUAAAUCGUCCGCUGUCGUCUUUAAUCUGCCUGCUUUAUUAGCUGUUCUCGUGUGGGAGAUGAAAAGCGCUCCUUCCCUCAGCCACGCCGUGACAACAUGUCAGGAAGAGAAAGAAAAAAACAUAAAACUCAUAACUCUAAUAAGCUUGAAUUUCACGUAAAAAAUAGACAAUGGUACAGUAAAGUACAGUGACAGUAAGUUCCCCUGCAAUAUGGUGAAAACUGUAUUUGACAUUUAAACCAUUUUUGGAAUUAAAAAAAAAACAUAUAAUUUACUGUGAAUAACUAACUAAUUCCCAGAAUAUCCUGCCCUUCAAUGUUUUUUUAAAAAAAUAAUUUCUUCUCGUUUUUCUUCUUAUCAGUUUAGGGUUGUAUGUUACAUCUAAUGUUGUUUACUGCAAAAUCCUCGUGCGAAUAAAAACAAAAAAUGACAUUCAUCGAACCAAAAAUAAAUAAAUUAAGUUUUAACUUGCGCUCCCCUGCAAUUCAGUAUAUUUUAAAGUGGUUUGUCACAUCACUUACAGACCUCUCCAUAUUCUGCGUAAAAAGGUAAAAAAAAAAAAAAAAAAAACUAGUGCAGGCGAUUCCCAUCCGUCAAUGUCGAAUUUUAUCUCACGGGACUGAGCCGCAUCUACUUAAACGCCUUAUUACCGGCACCAGUGUCCAAAAGUCUACUAAAGGCGCGUUACGAUGCUCUCCUUUAACCUCACCGUUCCGCUCUCCGUCGACUUCUCGCGUCCCGAAGACUACUUAAUAUUCAUUUUCCACAUCCUGUUCGCUACAGGUUCGGCUCUGCUGGCGGGGUCGGUGGUGGUCGGCAUCGUGAGCACCAGCGCCCUGCGCUCCCAAAACCGCUUCAUCUUCAUGUUAAACACCAGCAUCAGCGACACUUUAACCGGCUGCUCCGUCUUCUACCUAGGCCUGUUCGACGUCCAAGAGGGCUACCCGUCCCGGAACGGCACAUACUACAUUUUGCCGUCGUUCCUGGGGGUGAACGUGCUGACGUUUCUGUUUGCGCAGUUCGACAGAUACCUGGCCGUGUGUCACCCCUUCUUCUACGAGCGGUACAUCACGCGCGGGGUCGUGAUUGGCGUGUGCGCGCUUUGUUGGAUACACACGUACUCGAUUCUAACCGUUCAAAGCGUCGUGCCGGUGGCGUUCGCCGCUCAGAUGAACGCGUUCGGGGUCAUAGCCCUGCAGGUGAUCGUGGCCGUCAAGGUUUUAAUGACCGUCAAGCUCUACAUGAUCACGAGGUACCAGCUCGGCCGAGAAGCGCCCAGCGGCGACAAGAAAGAAUCGCUGCGCACGAUCGUUUUCGUGGUCGUCUGUUUUCUCACCCUGUGGGCCCCGUCUUUCGUGAACAUCUCGGUGAAAUACGUGACCAAGAACGGACUGAAGUUCAAAAACGAGGCCACGAACCUUUUCGCGAUCAUGGCGCGAUUUAACGCGCUCAGCACGCCCGCGCUGUACAUCUGGGGCAGCCCGGCGUUGCGCGCGGCGGUCUGGACCUCCGUGUGGAGCAAAGUGUUCAAGAGGAGAAAGACAAGGGUCGGGUCUGGUCACGUGAAACUCGGCAAGGGAGGAGAGAGGAUCCUCAGCAUCACAUAGCAGCUUGACAGCCUUCGCCUUGACAGGAUUGUUGGAGAAAAUGGCAAAAAAAAUGUUGUCUUAUGAUUUUCGAAGAACGUCUGAAUCGAUUAGGUUUAUUUGUGACGUUUAUGGUUCAUAUCACUCUUAAAAAUUAAGUUUUUAUUGGCAUCGGUGGUUCCACAAAGAACCUUUUCAUUCCACAAAAGCUUUACAAUAGGUUUUGAUUAUUCGAUUAUUACUCACAUUAGGAAAAAACGGUCCUUUUUUACGAACCGUUUACCUAAAGGUUUCAUGGGGAACCAAAACUGGUUCUUCUAUGGCAGGGGCCGUCGAACCUGAUCCCGAAGCCCUUUUCUCCUUGUUCUGCGGCAUCACCGUGAAAAACUGCUUUUUAAAGCAUCGCGACCAUCAUCAAGCCUCAGAAAAAGGCGCAAGAUUCACAGAACGACAUGCAUAACCUCAGAAAAGAGUUUUGUUCAGAUUAAUCUCGAUUCGUCGCGUGCUUUUUGGGGCUUCGGCUGUGCAGAAAAGGUCAGAAUGUCCUCUAGAUAAUAUAGCCCAUCGCAUUUAGUUUUUCCAAAAUGAACACAAACUAAAUCGCAAUGUUCUAUAUGAAAGGAAUAUAAAUAAAUGUAAUGCAUCUAAACAUUUUAUCAAUUACAAAUAUUAUGAUUUAUUUCUUAAUUCAUCCCAAAAAAAAAAAAAAAAAAAAAAAAAAAAUCACAAGCCUUUGUAAAUUUUUUUCCUUCUAAAUACGCUGUUGGUAACCUCUUCUUCCUUAAUGUUUUGUUACUCUUAUUUUAAAAUUUAUAGGUUUAUAAAUCGUUGAAAACAUUCCUUAACUGAAUCAACAAAAAAAUAAAAGUUUUUUUUUCCCCCAGACAAACAGAAUAGUAAGACCACAAUUACAUCCUAAACUUUAUUGGACUGUUUUAAUAAAACUUUUUUUAAAAAUAUUCUCCGAUAUAAAGAUGACUAAAUACUGUAACUGAAGAGGUUAACAGCAUCAUAUCAGUGUUUAUUCAAAAAAUUAAAAAAAAAAAAAAAAAAAAAAAAAAAAAAAAAAAAGGAAACCGGAGGAUUAAAAAUAAAAA